AGCAGCUGUAAAUUGAAAGUGAAAAAUGAAGCAAUGUUUGCAAUGUAAAGAGGUUUACUCCCCUCUGAAUCAACGUAGUUUUCACACGUUUCCAAGUGACUGUAAUUUAAGAACGAAGUGGCUGAAUAUUCUCAAUUUACCUAUGUCUUUAGAAGUGAAAUUUAAAUUUAUAUGUAGUGACCACUUCAGUGCAGACAGUUUUCAUCAAUCUGAAGGGCGAAGCCGAAGAAGGUUGCUGACAGGAGCACUUCCAGUUGUACAUGAAGAUGGGAAGACAAUUUGCUUGUCUGAACCUCGUCAUAUUCAACAGGAUCAAUGUGAUGUGGUACUUAGCCCACCUAUGUACAAACAUGUAUCAACAGUUGACGCAUCAAAUGAUUCCCUAGUAGCUGUCACCGAAGGUAGUCGUAGCAGCCAUGAAUCUUUUGAUAAUACAAGGAAAAAUGAUUAUGCUGAUAAUAGUUCCCUGGAAGACUCUAGUAUUACUGUGAUACAGAGCUUAACUACAUUAAAAAAUGCGUCAACAACUAUGAAUAUGCAAGAAAGUAGUUCGAACUAUUUUCCACUUGGGACAAAUACUGCAAGUCAUAGCAACGGAUCAGUUCUCCAAAAUUGUGCUUCAUCAGUCAAUUCUGUAAAUGUUAAAAGUAACUCGAGGAAAAGGAAACUGACAUGUGAAAAUUAUAGUGCACCAAANAAAUGA